UGGCGCGCCACCGGUGCCGCCGCCGGUGCCGGGCAUGGCCCAGCUCGGCGCCAUCGCCGCUCUCGCCCUCGGCGUCGCGGCCGCCGCGCUCCUCUCGGCCGUGCACAAGAUCGACGAGGGGCACAUCGGGGUCUACUACCGCGGCGGCGCGUUGCUGACCUCCACCAGCGGGCCCGGCUUCCACCUCAUGCUGCCCUUCAUCACGUCCUACAAGUCAGUGCAGGUGCUGCUGGGCCCGGGCCCGGGGGGUCACACGGGGCUGUGCCGGUCCCGGGGAUCCCGGGCGGUCACACGGGGCUGUGCCGGUCCCGGGGAUCCCGGGCGGUCACACGGGGCUAUGCCGGUCCCGGGGAUCCCGGGCGGUCACACGGGGCUGUGCCGGUCCCGGGGAUCCCGGGCGGUCACACGGGGCUAUGCCGCAAAAAUGAAGCGGGAAGAGAUAUAUGAAACGGUGCUCGACAUGGCGAAGAAGCUCCGGGCAUACGCGGAUGCUGUGCAUGGCCCAACCCAUGCCAGAAUCGCCGCUGUGGAAACACGCUUACAAAAUUUAGAGGGAACUUCUAAGACGUAUGCCCCAGGAAAGAAGGAUAAACAGGCUUAG